AUGGAGGUCGACUUGGACAACACCACGGACGACCAAAUAUUGGCCGACGCUAUGGCCAAGGCGAAGAUGGUCAAUAAAACAGCAUCUCCGCCCGGUCGCGCAGUGCUGCAGUUACUGCAGUCGCCACCGCCACCGCCGCCACCGGGGCCUUCGCCGCCGCCACCGGGGCCUUCGUCGUUGCUACCGGGGCCUCCGCCGCCGCCACCGGGACCUUCGCCGCCGUCACCGGGGCCAAAGGAAAACAAUCCGUCGCCGUCGUCUUCGACGACUAAUAGACCGUGUAAGUCUGAAAUUCGCGUAAACUACACGACGGUCUCGCUGUGCGCGGUUCUACCUGCGCUUACUCAAGGUGGUAUCGAGCUGGGCGCGGGCGGAAGGCGGAUCGCGGCGGUAGCCACAAUCGUGGCCGUGGCCGUGGCCGUGGCCGUGGCCGUGGCCGUGGCCGUGGAGGAUUUCCAAUGA